CAUUAUUUUAUUUUAAAGUAAGAUUAUUCUGCUGGAUUUAGCCGGCGGGAUUCGCGACGGCAGUUUGAAUUCAGAUUGAGUUUGGCUGAAAAUUGAUGUCUUAUCGGUCGCCUAUUUAAGUGCUUGCGCCUACUUCAUCAACCUCAAAUUUCUCGAAGAGGUUUUGCGGCAAUCGUUGAAACUAUAUGGUUAAGCUGUAAACCCAGAGUCAACGUUCUCACGGCUUUCUUCUUGGGCUCCGAUCGGAAUUCUGACACUACCUGCUGCUUUUCUGAGCAUCGAAAUUGUGUCCUUUUGGAGACAAGGAUGAAGACGCUUUUCCUUUUGAGAGUUGCGGUACUUCUUUUGAGCUUGCGGUUGAGUUUCAAUGUGGAUGUUGUUUUAGCGCAUUCUGCUAUUGCAGACCAGCCUCUGGCGAAGAUUGGGAUUCAUAAAGCAAUUCUUGCUGUUAGGGAUUCAGCUUCAAUUAAAGCACAUCCUCGUGUUCUUGGGCUCAAUGGCGAGGAUACUGCAAGGAUUGUGGUGGGAUUCGAAAACGAUAAACCCUCGGAUGAUGACUGGAUUGGGGUAUUUUCUCCUGCAAAAUUCAAUGGAUCAAUAUGCUAUUACGAGAAUGAUCAAAAGGAGCAACCACCAUACAUCUGUACUUCCCCAAUAAAGUACAAAUUUGCAAAUUUCUCGAGUUCCAACUAUUCGAAGACAGGCAAAGCAUCAGUGGAUUUCCAGUUAAUCAAUCAGCGUUCGGAUUUUGCCUUCGCACUGUUUUCCGGGGGAUUAUCUAAUCCGCAACUGGUGGCAGUAUCAAAUUCCAUUUCUUUUGCAAAUCCGAAGGCACCAGUUUAUCCUCGCCUUGCUAAUGGAAAAGCUUGGAACGAAAUGACAGUUACAUGGACAAGUGGCUAUAACAUAGAUGAGGCCACCCCAUUUGUUGAGUGGGGAUUGAAGGGCCACCACCCUAGACGGUCUCCUGCAGGCACAUUAUCCAUUGAGAGAAACAGCAUGUGCGGAUCACCUGCACGUACAGUCGGUUGGCGUGAUCCUGGAUUCAUGCACACUAGUUUCCUUAAUGGUCUAUGGCCAAAUCGAGUAUAUUCAUACAAGAUAGGUCACAUCUUGUCAAAUGGAUCCUAUGUUUGGAGCAAGACAUAUUCGUUCAAAGCAUCACCAUACCCAGGGCAAGAUUCAUUGCAGCGGGUUGUGAUAUUUGGUGACAUGGGGAAGGGCGAACGCGAUGGCUCGAAUGAGUAUAGCAAUUAUCAGUAUGGCUCAUUGAACACCACAGACCAGCUUAUUCAGGACCUCGACAACAUUGACAUAGUUUUCCACAUUGGAGACAUCGUAUAUUCAAAUGGCUAUAUCUCACAGUGGGACCAAUUCACCCAACAGAUAGAACCUAUCGCCUCAACCGUGCCAUAUAUGAUUGGCAGUGGCAACCAUGAGCGCGAUUGGCCCGGGACUGGAUCCUUUUAUAACACAACAGACUCCGGUGGGGAAUGUGGAGUGAUGGCCGAGACCAUUUUCUAUGUUCCUGCGGAAAACAGAGCCAAGUUUUGGUAUUCGACAGACUACGGCAUGUUUCGCUUUUGCAUUGCGGACAGUGAGCAUGACUGGAGGGAAGGAACCGAGCAGUAUAAAUUCAUCGAACGCUGCCUUGCAUCAGUAGACAGACGAAAGCAGCCAUGGCUGAUAUUUGCUGCUCAUCGAGUUCUUGGUUAUUCUUCAGACAAGUAUUACGCCUUAGAAGGUUCCUUUGCAGAGCCAAUGGGCAGAGAAAGCCUGCAGAAGCUCUGGCAGAAGUAUAAGGUCGACAUCGCACUCUACGGCCACGUCCACAAUUACGAAAGAACUUGCCCAGUUUAUCAGAACAAGUGUGUCAAUCCCGAAAAACACCAUUACUCUGGGACUGUGAAUGGCACAAUACACGUCGUAGUUGGGGGCGCGGGAGCUCACCUAUCCGAGUUCAGCAAAGUUAACACGAGCUGGAGCCUGUACAAGGACUUCGACUGGGGAUUCGUCAAGAUGACAGCGUUCAACCACUCGUCCCUUCUCUUCGAGUACAAGAAGAGCCGAGAUGGAAAGACUUACGACUACUUCACCAUCAGUCGGGACUACCGAGACGUGCUGGCAUGCGUGCCCGAUGGCUGCGAAGCAACCACAUUGGCAACUUGAAGCAGCAAACUAAAACAAUAUUUGAUGUUCAUGACAAUGUUUAUGUUUACAGUUUACGUUACUAUUUAUUUCAAUCUACAGAGUAUAUAAUAAAAACUACAGUUGUUAACGUUA